UAGUGUCAGGUUUGGUUUGGUAGUAAUUUCACAUCCAUGUCAGUGACUCCCACUGCUGAUUCACUUCAGCUCCGGAGAUCACAAACUGAAACAUCACCGUAGUGGAAACUGGACCGCAGAAAGACGAGACAAACAAGACUUUCCUUCCUCCUGAGUCUGGAAGAUCACCAUGAGACAAGCUAUGGAGGAUGGCGUCACUGAGAUUCUGUCCGGUGUGGUGGAGGAUGUUGAUCAAGCCGCCAGCAGAAACAUUUGCGGCGCUCAGCUUCUGCAUGAACUACUGACUGCACCGUGGCUGCGAGCGCUGCUGAAGAUUUAUGAAUGCCUGUUGCAGUUCCAGAGGCUGACACCGAGCCCCAUUCUGCCUUACGCCACAGGACUUUCACACGAGAUCAUGACGGUAAUACAGAAGUCCCAUCGUCCUUCAGCUGAAGCUCGAGAGCUCCACCGCCUCCUCAGUUCACCACACAUCCAGGCUGUGUUAUCGUCCCAUGACAGUGUAGCACAGUCAGACUAUGGACCCGUCUUACCGCCUCUGCCUGAUGAAUUGCCGGAGGAUGAGGAGGCCAUGAGGAUCGUUUGUCUGGUGAAGAAUAAUCAGCCACUGGGGGCGACCAUAAAGAGAGACGAGGGGACGGGGGAGAUCUACAUCGCCAGGGUGAUCCACGGAGGCCUGGCUGAUCGCAGCGGACUUCUCCAUCCUGGUGAUCUGUUAGUGGAGGUGAACGGAGCCCCAGUGGUGGGUCUUGAGCCAGAACAGGUCAUCCAGAUACUGACAAAUUCCCAGGGCACCAUCCUGUUUAAAGUCAUUCCCAAUCCAGCGCAGCUCAGCAGCAACCAGAAGCCGGUGUACAUGAAGGCUAUGGUGGACUACUCCCCCCAGCGGGACUCCUCCAUCCCGUGUCCGGAUGCAGGCGUGGCCUUCAGCAGAGGGGACCUGCUGCAGGUGGUCGACCAGUCCGACGGACAGUGGUGGCAGGCCAGGAAGCUGCCCUGUGCCACUUCCUGCGCUGGUCUGAUUCCCUCUGCCGGCAGACUGAAGAGUAAACAGAGGGAACACUGGUGGUGUCAGCCACUACAGGUUCAUACCUGCAUCAGACCCUUGAGCGUGGCAGAUACCGAGGGUGAACCAGCACAAGCUGAUGAGAAGCGCAUCACAAUCAAUGUGGAAGAAAUAAACUUUGACGAGGCUGAGUGUCACGUUACCGAUGGGAUCUACCUGGCUGGUUUCCGUCGGAGUUUCCGUCUCUGGAGGAGGACGUCCUACAGGAAGAGACGUCAGUCCUGCACCUCCUGCUCUCCCAGCACCAACGCCCUGCACACGCCCUACGAGGAGGUGGCGCUGUACCAGCGGUUGCCGCAGGAGAGCCACCGCCUCAUCAUCCUCGUCGGUGCUUCAGGAGUUGGAGUUAAUGAACUGAGGAAGAGACUCAUCAAGCUGAACCCUUCAACUUUCCAGGGAGCCGUACCGCACACCACUCGUCCAAUCAGAGAAGGCGAGCAGAGGGGGAGGGAGUACCACUUCGCCACCAAAGAGCUGUUUGAGUACAUGGUCUGUAACCACAGGUUUGUGGAGUACGGGGAGGUCGGGGGCCACUUGUACGGCACCAGCAUCGAUGCCAUUGAAGAGGUGCUGAAACGAGGCCGGAUGUGCAUCAUUGAUGUGGAACCACGGUGCAUUCAGCCGUUGCGGACGAGGAAGCUGAAACCCUACGUGAUCUUCGUCAAACCCCCCAGCCCAGAAAGACUGAGACAAACGCGGAGAGACGCCCAAAUCAUCAGCAGCUACUCCACCAACAGAGCCUUCACAGAGGAGGACUUCGUGGAGAUGGAGGAGGUGUCCCGGCUGAUCGAGCUGAAGUACAAGCAGUUUUUCGACAGCGUCGUGGUCAACGACGACCUGCAGGACGCCUGCAUGCAGCUCUGCUCCACCAUCCAGAUGGCACAGGAGGAGCCCCAGUGGAUGCCCGUCAGCUGGGGCCGACCCGAGGGCUAGAAGCUGGAGAAGAGGGGAAGAGGAGAGAUGUAAAAAUGACAAGAGACAAAGGGAAACAUGAUCCAGUAGGUAGACAUAUUAGUGGGAAGGAAAAUAUUUUGACAAUAAGAAAAAAGAGAAAUAUAGAAAUGUGAAAAGAAAUGGAAGAUUUAGUUCUAAACUCCUUAAAAAUGGAGAGUGACAAAGAAGGAAGGAAGUUCUUUUGAAUUUAUUCCUGUAAUUAGCUGCAAAUUAGCAUAAGGAAAGCUGGCACUGAUAAAAGCCUAGGAGUGAAACAUUUAUUUCAUGGUAUCGGUUAUUAAAAGCUGCACUUUCAUGAAAUAAAUCACAUCUUUUGAUA